UUAUUUAUUUUUUUAAAAACGUGUCUUUGUGUGUCAUUGGAAAAAGCAUCCGCGAGAGCUAGUUAUUCAUUUAUUGUGUAUUAUAGUGUCAAACCAGGCAGAUAAAAAUAUGAUUUAUUAUUAUGUAUCAGACUUGCCUGUGGUGUUAAUAUGAACCCAGCAGUGUGUUUUAAAGAUAUAGAUAGAGAAUAACGUUGGGUACGAGCUUCCUUGGAGAUGCGCAGUCGGAUGAAUGAGCGACUGUUUCUAGAACAUUCCUGCCGCCUGAUAGGUGCAUCUGCACGGCGCACGCCUGCACGGAUGUCGCCUCCUCGUUGUUUUCACAAAGGCAGACAGACACAUCUGGACGUGAACUAAAUAUUCCUCCAUGCAUCAUGUAUUAUACAUCAGGAAUAUUAACUCUAGGCUUUUCUAGACCAGAGGCCAACAACAUCCUCCUCUAAAAGUAGAACGACCUCAGUGCCGGUGGAUAACCCCCUCCGAAGCACACCUAGUGAAUUUGACCUGACGGUGGAUACUACAGCUUCCAUCCAGACAGCAAACCAAAGCAGAACAUUUCCUUUUUUAGUAAUUUAAAUACUUAACUUUAAGUAUUUGUGUUGCCUUUUUUUGAAUUCAUAUAGCUGUGAGAUUUUUUUUUCUGUAAAAAUGGGUCCUGGAAUGGAACCAGCGGACAUAGCUGUGGUAGCACUGUACUUUGUCCUGGUGCUAGUCAUCGGAUUUCUCGCCAUGUGGAAAGCCAAUCGCAGCACUGUGAGUGGCUACUUCCUGGCCGGCCGUUCAAUGACGUGGAUAGUGAUAGGUGCAUCACUCUUCGUCAGCAACAUUGGCAGCGAACAUUUCAUAGGCCUGGCUGGGUCAGGAGCAGCAAGUGGCUUUGCUGUUGGAGCAUGGGAAUUUAAUGCACUUCUACUCCUGCAGCUGCUCGGGUGGGUGUUCAUCCCCGUGUAUAUCCACUCGGGAGUCUACACCAUGCCCGAGUAUUUGUCAAAACGCUACGGUGGCAACAGGCUAAAGUGUUACUUUGCUUUCUUGUCUGUGCUUCUCUACAUUUUUACCAAGCUGUCUGUGGACUUGUAUGCUGGAGCGCUCUUUAUUCAGGAGUCCCUGGGGUGGAACCUGUAUUUGUCUAUCGUCCUGCUCAUCAGCAUGACCGCACUGCUCACUGUCACCGGCGGAUUGGUGGCAGUAAUGUACACGGAUGCACUUCAGGCGGUGUUGAUGAUCGGUGGCGCUCUGACCUUAACCGCCAUCAGCCUGGUCAAAGUUGGUGGGCUAGAGGGUGUCAGAACUAAGUACAUGCAGGCAGUUCCCAAUGUUUCUGCUAUAUUGGCCACUGGAAACUUCACCUAUUCUCCUUCCUGCCGCAUUGAGCCGAAACCAGACUCUCUACGCAUCCUACGAGGCCCACUGGAUGAAGACAUCCCAUGGCCGGGCUUCAUUCUUGGCCAGACUCCUGCAUCUAUUUGGUACUGGUGUGCAGACCAGGUCAUUGUUCAGAGAGUUCUAGCAGCCAAGAACAUUGCUCACGCUAAAUGCUCUACACUCAUGGCUGGAUUUCUCAAGAUCCUGCCCAUGUUUUUAAUCGUCAUUCCAGGAAUGAUCUCCCGCAUCUUGUUUGCGGAUGAGAUCGCCUGCAUCGGGCCAGAGCACUGCAUGGCGGUGUGUGGCUCUCAAGCCGGCUGCUCAAACAUUGCCUACCCACGGCUGGUCAUGGCCGUGAUGCCCGUGGGACUCAGGGGUUUGAUGAUGGCGGUCAUGAUCGCUGCCCUUAUGAGCGAUCUAGACUCGAUCUUUAACAGCGCGAGCACCAUCUUCACACUGGACAUCUACCAAACCUUUCGAAAGAAGGCGUCUCAGCGUGAAUUGCUGACUGUAGGACGCAUAUUUGUUGUGGUCAUGGUGGCAAUCAGCAUCGCCUGGGUCCCUGUUAUCAUUGAAAUGCAAGGUGGACAGACGUACCUCUACAUCCAAGAGGUUGCUGGCUACCUUACUCCACCAAUCGCGGCCCUCUUCCUGCUAGGUGUGUUCUGGAAACGGUGUAAUGAGAAAGGCGCUUUUUGGGGAGGCAUGAUAGGUUUCACACUCGGUGCCCUACGACUGAUCCUGGCUUUCAUUUACCGCCAGCCUCGCUGCGAUCAGCCAGAUGAUAGGCCGGCAUUCAUCAUUAAAGUUCACUACAUGUAUAUUGCUGCUGGGCUGUUCUGGAUUUCAGGAUUGGUGGCAGUGGUGGUCAGCCUUCUCACCUCUCCACCGGACGAGGAGCAGGUUCGCACCACAACAGUCUGGGGGCUCCGCAGCGUUGAAAGGGUUCCCACGAAGGACCCUGAGGAAAUGUACAGGUUGACUUCUAAGAGUAAUGGCGAUGGAAGCCUCCAUAAAGAAUUGCCCCCGGAUGUCAGAAAGGAGAGGUGUUUGGAUGGGGCGGAUAUCAAACUCCUGGUCCCAUCCACUGACCAUGACCCAGCAACUCCCAGUACGGAAACAUCCCCUGCCACCACCCCUGCGGAACAAAUUGUUAAUGGAAGGGUGGAGAUGAUCAGAGCCGAGGAAGGCUGUCAUGGUAAUCGGGAGACCAGCAGGUGUAUAUCUUUACUGGAAUGGUUCUGCGGAUGUAAGGAGGGCGCACAGAGCGCUCAGCAAAAACUAGGGCAGACGGAUGAGAGAGUCAUUGCAGAGAUGCUGUACGAGCCACCUAGAGUUAAACUUUUCCUCAACUUAGGUCUGGUAUUCGUCUGCUCUGUGGGCAUCUUCAUGUUUGUUUAUUUCUCACUUUAGUUGAACCCUGCGGUGAACUAACGAGGACUGGUGUGUUUGGGGGCGGGGGGGCUUUUAUUAAGGUGGAAGUUCAGAGUCUUCAGAGAUUUGAGAAGCUCUGUCUGUAAUAUUUACAGUUGUCUUUUGUAGCUCUCUAACAGGGAUCUAAGCAUAUUCUAAUCAUUUUUUGAAAUGAUUGAAGCUUCUCCAUAUGAGAAAAUUAUACUCUUUUAUGACUAUGAAGCUUAUUUGACACUGGUGUGUCCAUUUUGUACAGCGCUUGUUAUUAGCUAAUCCUGCGUUCAGAACAUCUACUGGGAUUUUUAGAAUCGUUGUACUCAAAGUUAAUUUAAUAUUUGCCUUAUUAUGCACUUGUCCUUUUUUUUGUAUGGUGAAAAACAAAUGUAUUGUGUAGUUUUUGUUUGCUUUCCUUCCGUCUUGUUGACUAUAUGCUUAGUUGCUGGUGUAGAUUACAUAAAGUAGGCCUGCAACAACGCCAAAAAAACACUUUUAGGUUACAGGCAGGACAGUUACGUCAUGCAGCGUGUGCAGCUCGGGAGGUGAAGAGAAGAAGCACAAGAUUAGAAAUCUUUUUUUCUUUAAAUAAUGUCAUCCUAAAAAAAAAAGAAGAAAAGAAAUAGCCAAACUUUAUAUAGUACGGUACUUAUUUUGAUCAACUGUUCAGUUUGUUAUCACUGUAAGGGACUUUAUAUAUUGCAUUUUCUACUGCAGUGUUUUUGUUUAUGAUUUUUUUUUUGUGUGUGGCUGUAUUCUGUGUUAUAUUUCAGAACCAACAUCCAGCCUUUUAUGUACUACUACUACUAUUAUAACAAAAAGCCACAAGUACCAAUGUUCAUGAUUCUGUAUCAGUUCAUGCAUAUCUCAUUUAAUGUUUCACAUCAUUGAGAGGAGCGCCUUGUCUGUUACAUUAUGUUAACAUCUGUACAAUAUAAUUCAGGGCUUAUUUGAUCACCCACAAUAUACACUUCUUCUAUAGUAGGCUAGAAUCUCUUGUGUCUAUCUACUGUGUGUCAAUUUACGUUUAGUGCACUACGGAGCUGAAAUGUCGUUUAAUCCUGAUUGAUAUGCAUAUUUUGUAAACCUCCUUACCAAAUGUGUCUUAGUGUGCAAUGCUAAAAUGAAAAAGACAAAACAAAAAAAAACCCAGUGAAUUCCACAUUUGUUUGACGCCAUGUGAUGAAUCAGCUUUUGUCACUGUUCGCUGCAUAUCAGCAGAGACUGAUAAUGCAAAGCAGAAACGACAUUUCAGACUUUUUGUUAGAGGACAAGCACAUAACUGGAUGAGCUCAGUCAACAUGAUAUUAUCAAGGGUAAUUCAACCAGGCGCAUAUUUGCUGGCCUUCUGGAUUGUCAUUUAUUUCCACAGCGUAAGGUGUCCAGACAUCAACACCCUCCACCCCCAGAAUACAAAAAAAAAAAA